UGACGUUUUUUAUUGAUCGUAUUGACAUUCUGGGCUGAUGAUCUAAGCCCUUGAUUUGAAUAUCUAAUAGCUAUUAUUUAAUUAUAGUUAACAAUUAAGUAUUGAGUUAGCAAUAUAAUACUCUCCUAUCGGUAUAUAUACAGCUUACCUUAAAUUACAGUAUAUUUCGUCAUUUCUGUAAGCCAUGGUAUACCAUGGUAUAUAUAUGAAUUAUGAAAUUUCAUACUACCAAAAUACUUCUCUAAGAGCAUCUUCAAGAAGGGAAGAUAUAUAGAAAAGGUAUAUCAUAUAUUUACCUUCUUAAAAAGUGAAAUAUACCCUUCUAAAAAGUAACAUAUUCUAAAGGAAAAAGGUAUAUAGAAAGGUAAAUUAAUUCUUUUAAAUAAAAUAAUCAUACAAAAUGCAUUAAAAAGCAUAAAGUGUAAUACCUUCUCAAAUACCUUUCCCCUUGGAGAAUGAUUUUUCAUGAAAAGAAGGUAAAUAUGGUAGUUAUAAGAUUUUACCUCUUCAUUGAUGGAGAGGUAAAUAUACUCUUCAAAAUGAGAAAAUGUAUAAUACCUUCUCAAAUACCUCUCCCCUUGGAUAAUGAUUUUUCAUAAAAAAAAAGAUAAAUAUGGUAGUUAUAUUAGUUUAUCUAUCCAUUUACCUAUCUCCUUGGAGAUGCUCUAAGUAUCAUGCCUUAUAGUAAAUCACAGUAUACCAAAAAUUCCGUAUACUUUAGUACAAUAAGUUCAAUAUUUUGAUAUUUUUCCACGUCCAUCAACAUACAAUAUAUAAUUAAUCGAAAAAAAUGAAUUCAUCGAACAAAUGUAAAUAUAGGUUGGGUUAGUUUCCAUAAUGAUCGAUACAAAAGUCAGAAAUAUCAUUAAAUCUUCCAAAACUCGAUUUAUUUUAAGUUUAAAAAAAAUAAAUCUCAAAUCUGAAAUAGACUAGGUCAGCGAACAAAGUUGCAGAUUUUGGCAGUUUUGUUAUUGGAUUACCAACAGCUAAUAAGAGUUCGUUUUGCAUAAUGAUUGAUAUUAAAGUCGAAAAUAUAUAAUUAAAAUCUCAAGAAUUCGCUUUCUUUUUAAAAAUCCACGAUAGGGUAGGUAGUUGAUUGACCUUGGAUAAAAUAAUCGACGCACAACAUUAUAAUCAAAAUGAACCCUGCACGUACUAUCAAAGUGAAUAAUGCAUAUUGAGAAAUGAAAUAAAAAUAUCCUCACAAACAUGCAUAGAGAGAUAAGGUUAUACUAAAAUGACAACCCAAACUAAAAUAACAAUCUACUCCCAAUAAAGACCUUAAGAUUUAGGAGCAGAUUCAACCUUAACUUGUCUAUGUAUCACAGAUUGUUUGAUUAUCUCUGAUUUCAUAUUGCAGAUUGCUUGGAAGCAUAUGCCGAGUUGUUUGCCUAGGUUGUCAUUUUAACUAUUGUGUCACCAUAGUGCUCUGAUUUCGUAUCUCAGGUUGCUUUGAACUAUAUGCCAAGUUGUUUGUCUAUGUAUUGCAGAUUGAUUGCUUACCUAGGUUGUCAUUUUAACUAUGAUGUCACCAUAGUAUAUCCCGAUAGAGAUAAGUUCAAUCAUUAUAUGAUGAACUAGUACUCUAUUUAAUUGAUUUUAAUAUAAAACAUUAUGCAUUUUCAAUGACUGUCAGCUGAAAUUUUAAUUAAUCAAAUUGUUAUAUCUAAAAUUUAAAAUUGGUUUGCUAGUUCAUGGAGGGCUGAUUUAACCCAAUUGGUUUGCUUGUUCAUGGAGGACCAAAAUCAUUAUUAACUUUUUUAUGGGCUACUCAUGAACUUUUAUUAAUAUAUUUAUCAUGAUUGUAUCUUAAUGCAAAAUUUAAACUAAACUAAAUUAAACUAAUUAGAACUUAUUCAUAAGGAAAGUUCAAUAUUUUAAGCUCUUCUAUCCAUAAUUCAUCCUCCAAAAUGAGUGGAUGGUUUCAACUUUCAAGGAUAUUGAGUUUAAGGAAUUUGUAUAUGAGAUCAUUGUCAUUUAAAACACUACUUUUCAUUGGAUUCUAUUCGAUAACUUACAUUAGUAUUAUUUAAACUGGAAUAUAAAUUUAUAAUUUCAAUUUUUCAUAAUUGUCUGGUAAUGAGAUAAUCGUGCGUUAGGAUAGAUGUUGACCUUAGAUAAAAUUAUUGCAGCACAUGAACCAUAAAAGAUUAGAUAUUCAUUUGAAAAUUAAAUUAAACCUACCACAUUCUGUCUAAAAUAUUGCAACCAUAAUUGUGUGUUGAUUCAAAACUAAACUAGAAAUUCCUCUCAACUAUUGCAUACUUGUAUUUAUUGACUCCUCACGCCUAAUUAAUCAACACAAAAUUAUUACAUAACCACAAAAAAUGGAUGUGCCGCUGUCGUCCUCCGCCGCCCUCCGCCGCAAGGGGUACCGGCCGCUGUACUCCUUCACCCUAGUGGCCCUCAUUCUGUUCAUCACGAUCCUAUACGGCGAGCACUUCCUCAUCAUCUUCAGGGGGCAAUCCGAGGUCCACCGCCCUCACCAGAGCUCGUCACCGUCACCAGUGAAAAGGAAGGAUGGAGAAAAGUUGGCUUUCGCGGUGGGAGAGGCGGAGAGGGGCUGCGACGUCUUCAGUGGGCGGUGGGUGUGGGACGAACGCGGCCCGCUCUAUGAGGAGGCUGAAUGUCCGUUCCUUACCUCGCCGGAGACGUGUCAGGAACACGGCCGCGCCGACACGGAUUACCAGCAUUGGCGAUGGCAGCCUCAUGCUUGCUCUCUUCCAAGUUUCAAUGCGUCGUUAAUGCUAGAAACUCUUCGAGACAAGAGAAUGAUGUUUGUGGGCGACUCUAUAAAUAUGGGCCAGUUCUAUUCGAUGGUUUGCCUUGUCCAGAAGUUCAUACCCUCGUACGAUGCUCGAUCCAUGACUUGGAACGGUUCACUCGCUGUUUUCGAGGCCAAGGAUUACAACGCGACAAUAGAAUUCUAUUGGGCGCCAUUUCUCCUGGAGUCGAACUCCGACAAUCCAGUCAUACACAGAAUAAAACCAAACGACAGAGUGGUGAGGAAAGACUCCAUCAACAAGCACGGCGACCACUGGAAAGGCGCCGACAUAAUGGUGUUCAGCACCUAUCUUUGGUGGAUAUCAGGUCUCAAGUUCAAGAUACAAGAGGGAGCCUUUGACGACGAAGACAUAGGCAUAGCAGAAGUGCCGACAGAGGAGGCUUAUCGGAUGGCGAUGAAGGGCAUGCUGUGGUGGGUUAACGAAAACAUGGAUCCGAACAAGACGAGAGUCUUCUUCACCACCAUGUCUCCCACGCACGGAAAUGCCUUUGAAUGGGGAGCUCACGAGUACGGAAACUGCUACAAUCAGACAGAAAUGAUAGAUGAUGCAAACUACUGGGGAUCGGAUUGUAACAAGAAUGUGAUGAAUGUGAUAGACGAAGAGUUGAGGAAGUCGGGAUAUCCGAUAACGUUGCUCAACAUCACGCAGAUGUCGAGCUACAGAAAGGAUGCCCACUGUUCUAUUUAUAAACAGCAGUGGAACCCUCUGACGCCGGCGCAGCUCGCCUACCCGGUGAGCUACGCCGAUUGUGCUCAUUGGUGUUUGCCUGGACUUCAAGAUACUUGGAAUGAGCUUCUCUUUGCUAAGUUUUUUUAUCCUUGA